GACCCAAUGGAGGAGCCGCGUCCACUCGCCGUCCUGCUGCUGCUAGCUUUGUUGUUGACAGCGCUCGCACGAGUCAACGCGGGAGGCUUGGACUUCAUCAUCGAGCCGCGGGAUGUGGUGGUGGAGCAGGGAGGUCCUGCGAGGCUGGACUGCGAAGCGAAUAGAGACUUCGGGACGCCGAGUAUACACUGGCGCACGGACGACGGUCAGCCGAUUACGUUUAUCGGGGACAGUUAUCGAUCACAGCUAGCGAAUGGAUCCUUGUACAUAAGUAGCGUGUACGCCGGUAGUGCAGAGUUAACCGGAAGUUAUCAGUGCUUAGCUUCCAUAGACAAUGUCGGAGCGAUUGUCUCUCGGUCAGCCACAAUCAAACUAGCAAGCCUCCCCGGCUUUGAAAGAGAACCUCAGGACACCAUGGUUUAUCCGAGACAGAUUGCAUAUUUGAGUUGUGCACUGCCGGCUUCCUCGAGUUUGUUGAAGAUACAGUGGCUAAAGAACGAACAUCCUUUAGUACUCGAUAAAAGUCGAAUGACAAUUCUGCCGUCAGGCGCGUUGGAAAUCAACGAUGUUAACUAUCACGACGUAGGAUCGUACAGAUGUAACGCUAGCGGCUACGGCCAAUAUAGACUGAGCAACAAAGCACAAUUAGGAUUAUUAUCUAGUGACGGUUUCGAUGAGGGAAACAGCGCUCCGGUAUUCAUCGCACAACCUUUGCAACAAGUAGUCACCGAGGGGUCCGACGUGACCCUGGAAUGCGCUGCCAACGGCUUUCCGAAACCGGCGAUUUAUUGGCUUAAAGACGGCGUUGCUCUCGACUUGAUGUCACACGACUCCAGAUAUCGCGAAGUCGCAGCCUCUAGUCUCAUGAUCACGAGUGUCAAAGAAUCGGAUCACGGUUCAUAUCAGUGUCGCGCGGAGAACAUGGCCGAUUCUCUGGAUGCAGUUGCUGAGUUAAUCGUGCAAGUUCCGCCAAAGUUUGUAAAGAAGCCGGAGGAUAAAGUGGCGAGUGCGAGACAAGAUUUAGAAUUCGAAUGCGAGAUCUAUGGAAAACCGGAACCGAAGAUUAACUGGCUGAAGAAUGGCGAGCGUAUCACGUUGAGCACAUACUGGCAAAUUGUCAAUGGACACAAUCUGAAAAUCAAUGGACUGUUACCCAUAGAUGCAGGGAUUUUCCAGUGCGUGGGGAUGAAUCCUGCUGGUAGUGUUCAAGCCUCGGCGCGUCUCAUAAUUAAUCAGCCCAAGGAAUCGGAUAAAACAACUUCCAAGACAGUUCCUAAAAAGAAAUAUUUGCGGCAACAGUUGUAUAAUAAGACGUGGCAACAUCCGAGUACUCUCCUAGGACAUAUUUCAUCGGGCAAAUCGAGUCCGCCGCUUUCGAUAAGCCCCUCCGACGAUCCCGCGGAUCUCCUGCCGAGCUCAUUUAAGUAUCCUAAUCCCCUUUUCGAUCCGGAAUCCCGUUUUGUAGAUGAUACAGAUAUCCUGGAAGCGUUCGACGGGGGUGGCGUACCCUCUCCGCCGAGGAACUUGAGCCUCGUCAUUGUUACCGCGAGAUUCGUCACGCUACGCUGGCAGGAGCCGGACAACGCAAACAGCGACACCCUUAAUUAUUUCAUACAUUACAAACAAGAAGGGGCCAUGAGGGAGAGAGUUGUCAACACGCAGCAGAAACUGGAAGCCAUGAUACGCGGUUUACAGCCCAGUAUGACGUAUCAGUUCCACGUAGUCGCGCACAAUUCUCGGGGGAGCAGCGCUCCUAGUGAAGUAUUACAAGUUACAACGCUGAUAGAGGCCAACGUUCCUGGACCUCCGAUGAAUCUGGAAGGCCACGCGACAAGUAGCAUGAGUAUUACUCUAUCAUGGGAGGAGCCGCAAGUUAUUAACGGCCGAAUAUCCAAAUAUAUUAUUACAUUUAUGGAGGGUGACGGAGAGGAGAUAACGCGUGAAACUACUAGUACAACGUAUGAAUUGGUAGAUCUCGUGCCUUAUACGGAAUACAGUAUUAGAGUUCAAGCGGUCAACGAGAAUGGCCCGGGCGCGUUCAGUAAGGAUAUCGUGAUACGGACUCACAGCGCACAACCGACGCAACCGCCGCAUAACGUUACCUUAGAAGCAGCUAGUUCAACGAUAGCUAUAGCCACGGCUACGCCGAUCGUGAAUAGCAGCAUGUCGCAGCCGACCAUCCACACCUCGUGCAGCGACACAUCGUCGGUGAGACAGAACUAUCCGCGAACGGUCGCGCAAUACAGCUUGAAUCGCGCGCACGUCACGUUGGAACCAACUCCAGAAUCCAGCCCGGAUUCUUGUAACAUACCUAGCUCGACAUACGAGCCGUUACAGAGUCAAUUGUCAUAUACGAGCGGGCAGUCGUACAGUGGAAACGCCCAAUACGCCCCUGGUCAUUACGGCAACAGCACUCAACCGAUGAGCAGCGCCGUGGAGAGCAACGCUAGCAAGCGGUUGCAAGGGCAUCCUCUUAAGAGCUUCAGCGUGCCGGCUCCUCCGCCGCAAAGUGCCCCUUCGACACCGGCACAGCAGAAGCACGGUG